AUGGAGACUGAAGCAGUUUUACUUGAGAAGCAACACGUACACAAUGUCUAUGAGAAAACUGCCCCCUACCUCAGCGACCUUCAGGACAAAGCCUGGCCCCGUGUUCGACAGUUUCUGCUCCAACAGGAGCCUGGGGCUCUGGUGGCUGACAUUGGCUGUGGAACUGGGAAGUACCUAGAUGUCAACCCCGAGGUUUACACAGUGGGCUGCGAUCUGUGUGGCCCCCUAGUGGACAAAGCCAGGAAGCAGGGGAAUGAAGUGCUGGUGUGUGACAACCUGCAACUCCCCUUCAGGGACCGAGUCUUCAGCGCUGUCAUAUCCAUAGGAGUGCUUCACCAUUUUUCCACCCCGGAGAGGAGGAUCUGUGCGAUAAAAGAGAUGGCGAGGACCAUGACCCCCGGAGGGGUGAUCAUGAUUUAUGUUUGGGCACAGGAGCAGAAGCACCGCCGUUUCCACAAGCAGGAUGUUCUGGUGCCUUGGAACAAGGCCCUGUGCUCGAAGAGCUCCUCUGAGUCCGGGGAGGUGGGCCCGCAGCGGGACGACCUGGCGGAGGAGUGCCGGAGGAUGGAGGCGCUGGGUGGGGAGGCCAACACGCGCCGUUCCCACAGUGUGGGGAACUGCAUGCCAGUCGGGAGGUGCUGUGUCCGAUUCCCCUCCCCACGUGAGAAGGCGUCGCGCGCCUGCCUGGGGAAGUCCUUACGCUCCUGGUUCUUUUCCAAAUCCCUGGACGAGUCCAGCAUGAAGAGGUACAUAGAGAGGAUAAAGCCCAUGGUCAACCCGCCGAAGUGGAUUGAGAGUGCAGUUCUGGUGCAGCCCACUAGGCACUGCAGCAUCGACCUGGGCCUAGGCGGUCCACUGCUCAACGAGCCCGGCUCCGAGGAGGACGAUGUGUUCAUGGAGGCGCCGAGCAACGAGGAGGAACAGUGGCUCAAAGUGGCCGGUGCUUUAAAUGAGAUCAAUGCCAGCCCUCAAGGACGUGUCCGUGCAGAGUACAUCACAGAGGGCCAGCAAUACCCCCCUGCAGUGAAAUGCACAAACGACUUGAACUGCAUCAAGAAGCGUGCUAUGCCACUCGACUCCACAGACUCCAUCCUGGAGACAAUCGAGGUGGACGGGCAGGAGGAUGGACUUCUCGACAGCAGAGACUUGAUGCGCUAUUAUCAUGUUUUCAGGGAAGGGGAGCUGAGCCGAUUGAUUGAAGAGAAUGUUCCAGAGCUCAGCGUCCAGAGCUCCUGCUUUGACCAUGGCAACUGGUGUAUUAUAGCAAAGAAAAAUGUCUGA